AUGAUCCCCGAGAUCAGUAAACUACAUAACCCAUCGCUGGUACUGAAAGAAGUCCAGCAGCUUGUGUUCGAGGAUCGUCCGGUACCAGAAUCACUCGAUCCUUAUGACGUGCUCGUCAAUGUGAAAUUCACAGGCAUUUGCGGCAGUGAUGUCCAUUACUGGCAGCGCGGCCGCAUCGGGCCGUUCGUCCUUGAACAGCCCAUGGUGCUGGGCCAUGAGUCUGCUGGCGUGGUAGAGAAAGUCGGCUCAAAAGUUACCACCCUCAAAGUAGGCGACUCCGUCGCUCUGGAGCCUGGCGUGCCCUGUCGGCGAUGCGCGUUUUGCAAGGCAGGCAAUUAUAAUCUGUGUCAUGAGAUGGCAUUUGCCGCGACACCCCCCUUUGACGGUACAUUGGCCAGAUACUACUCUCUCCCUGAAGACUUCUGCUACAAGCUCCCCGAUAACGUGAGUCUGGAAGAGGGUGCCGUUGUGGAGCCACUCAGCGUCGCCGUGCAUCUUGUUCGACAAGCAAGUCUCCGGCCCGGGCAAUCAGCAGUCAUUUUCGGAGCGGGCCCCGUGGGACUAUUAUGCUGUGCUGUGGCCCGGGCAUUUGGUGCGUCCAAGGUGAUUGCCGUGGAUAUCCAGACCAAGAGAUUGGAAUUCGCCCGUGGCUAUGCUGCGACCUCGGUUUUUCUCCCUGGUAUGGUUGCGUCGGCUACUGCGAAUGCGGGGCGUCUCAAGGAUGAGAAUGAACUCGGGGUAGGUGCAGACGUUGUCAUUGAUGCCUCCGGUGCAGAGGCCUCCAUACAUACUGGUAUUCAUGCCCUGAGGCCUGGUGGAACCUUUAUCCAAGGUGGAAUGGGGAAGGAGGAAAUCGGGUUUCCUAUUACUGCGGCUUGCACGAAAGAGCUCAACAUUAAGGGAAGUUUCCGGUAUGCAAGUGGUGAUUAUGAGCUUGCUACUGAGCUUAUUGCUACCAGGAAAGUUAACGUGAAGGGGCUUAUUACACAAAUAUUCAGCUUUAAAGACGCACAGCUGGCAUUUGAGGAGGUGAGGGCCGGGAAUGGGAUUAAGACAUUGAUUUCUGGGCCAUGA